CGGGAACGACUUUGGCGGAACUGUAUUCGUGGACUGAAAGGCUUGCCAGUGACAGCCAGUGCCCAACAACAACACUGUGUCAUACUGAUUCUGUUCAUUGUUUGUUACUCUGUAUGUCGUCAUCUGGUCACAGAGGAGGAUGACAAUGCCACGGAGAUGUUGAUUUAACGGAACUAUGCCGAAAUGGAGAGGGAUACACCAAGAUCUGAGCUUCUCAAAGCUCUUGAAACAAAAACAGAACAGCUGCAUCGAUAUGAAUCAAGACUGAGAGAUGUGGUUCAUGCCUACAAGGGUGUUGUUAAGGAAAAGGAGGCUCUGGAAGCUACAGUUAAAGUUCUAAGUGAGGCACCCCAACAAAGUUCAGGGAUAAAGAAACCAAGUCAGAGUGCAUCGGGGGAGGGAAAUGCCUCUGAGGGUUUCUCUGAUCCUCUCAGUGUGCAGCACACGAAUGAGAAUGAAGAUGGGACAGAGGAAGUGUCGAGUCUGCGAGAUAAAGUAGCCACUUUGUCGUCUUCCAUCGCCACUUUGUCGGAGGAAAAGUCACGUUUGGAAGCCGGUUACAUGGCAGAGAAGAAAAAACUGAGACAUGACAAUGAAGAUCUUCAGAAGAAAUUUGAUGAACACAAAGAGAGUUCCUUAAAGCUUGAACAAGAGAAGAAUGCGGAGAUUCAACAACUGAAAAACAAGAUUCGAACUCAGCAGCACGAGCGGGAAAAGGAGCAGACAGAUCAUGUGGUGAUGCUGCGAGAGCUUCAGAAACUUCUAGCUGAGGAAAGGGCAACAAAAGAACAACUAGAGCACCAGCUGGAUGAGGCCCGCGAACGACUAAGAGUGCGUGAGAACCAGCCAGACUUAGCGGAGCAAUAUGAAAAACGCAUCAGGGAUCUAUCCAAUGAGCUGCAGGUUGUGAGAAAUCGUAUGAAAGCUGCAGAGGAUAAAGCUGACGAACCAUCUCCUUUUGUCCUGGAGCUGCAGAAGGAGAUGGCAGAAAUGAAGACUCAGUAUCGUAUCCAAGUGGUUCAGGAACAGCGCAGAGCUAACGAGGCAGAGCAGCGACUUCAGGACGCGGGCAGACAGGGGGAGGAGCGAGUGUCGGGGCUGGAGGACAAGCUCUCCGAGCUGUCUGAGGUGGUCGGCAAUUACGAACGUUUGCGCUACCAGGACCAGCAGGCCAUUUACAGACUUAAGGAAAGAGUUACCCAACUUGAUCUGGAGAACAGCGCCCUCGUACAAGCUGUCCAUCAACCAGAGAAAGACACAGAAUUGACCAAUGAGGAGAAUUUGGAUGCACAAGCCCUCGCGACUAAGAUCGUGCGUCUGAAAGCACUGCUAAAAGUGGCCAAUGACAGAUCAGAGAAACCUGUGAAUUUGGAAGAGGUUUUGGGUUCUGGGGUAUCGGAGUGUGGUUUGUGUCAGCAGUACCAGGAGGACCUGAGGGUGGUCAGGGAGGAGUUUGAGAGGUACAAACUACGCGCUCAGUCUGUCCUCAAAAACAAAUCCAGGGACCCAAGUAGCACAAAAACAGAGGACUCCCUGCGAGAACAGGUGAAUGAGCUGAAAGAAAAAGUGAAAAGCCUCCGUCUCCAGUGUGAUGACUGUGAGGAGAAACAGAAAGUGAAAGUGGAGGAGUUGACCAAGGCCAUGGUCUCACUACAACAACGACAUAAGCAGGAACUGGAUCAUUUGACCGCAGACCACAAGCAGGAGUUGAAUGAACUGCAGUACCAGCUGAAAAAACAGCGUGAACGAACUGUGUCGCUUCUGGCAGAGAAGGCCCAGGAACUAGAACAACUACGAGCUGCAAGUUUGAGCAGACAAGGGGGAGAGUACUCUUCAUCUUUACUGCAUUCAACCAAGGAAAUUGACUCACCCCAGCCAGUGUUGACAAGGAGUGUGUCUGAGGAAGAAGAAGCUGUGUCAAAGCUGCUACAAAAACCUGGACUUCUCCAAGGGGAGACAAAUCUGUUACACUUUGCUCAGGAGCAGGCACGGCGAGAUGUGGAGAUUGCUGCUCUGCGGAAAAAUAAACGCCAGCUAGAAAAUGCACUCCGUGAACUCCAGCAGUCAUCCAGCAUGAAGGAAGAAAAAUAUCAGGAAAAGAUUGAGAACUUAACUGAAGAGGUCCGCAAACAUGAACGAUAUAAAUCCAGAGAAGGUGCUAAUUUGGAAUAUUUGAAAAAUGUGACAUUCAGAUUUUUGACUUCAAAUAACUUGCAAGCUAAACAGCAAAUGUUCAAUGCAAUUUCCACCAUUUUGCAGUUUAGCCCAAGGGAGAAAACAAAAGUAGAACAUUAUAUGAAGUCCUGGUGGGGAACGUAGGCCAAAGUUUCAUGAAUGUUUUACUUGUACUUUUAGAUUAUCUUGAUGUUGAAAACGUAUGCGUUACAGACUGUGCAGAAAAAAAUGAACCUUGGCAUUGUGGUGCUCUGUUUAUAAUAAUGGAGUUCAUUUUAAAAUGAAAUUCUAUUCCAGCUUGAUUGUAAAACUACAGAUUUAUAUUGUUCCACAUUGUGUAGUAAUUGUGGGGAUAAUCCCUGGCAUAGCUGACAAAGACUUCCUAUGUGACACAAGGUAAAGACGGACAGAGUAUAGUGUACUUUAUGCUAC